AACUUUAUAGCAUAUUUGUGCAGAACAAAUAAUCUGAGGCAAAAAAUUGUGUAUAACAAAAAGAUAAUGUUUCACUGAUGGAACAUCCUAAAAGAUCAAUGUAGAUGAAGAUCAGUUCAAGACCCCUAAAUAUGAUACUUUGAUAAUCCACAGUUGGGACACAACCUCUGUUUUGUGAAUCACUGCUAAAAUGUUUUCUCUACUUCUGCAUAUCAGCCAUUAUUUUAAACCUGCAGUUUAGCACACACCGUUAGCUAACACUAGCACAUGAACUAACAUUAACAUGAUUGACUACAGGCCUACUACAAUCUAAAAUUAAGCUUAUAUAAUUCUAGCUAACGAUAGCUAAGACCACCAUCUGCUGUGCAAAUAGUAACUUAUAUGCUAAGCAACAACACCAAUGUUUGUUCAAACCAAAUUUAAUAUAAUCAAAGAUAACCUAAAGAAACACAAAAAAGUAACUCAUAUUAAGAUUUAAUUGCUUACACUUUACCUGAAAACAUAAACAUUCCCCCAUUUGCAAAGCCAUCAAAUCUAGAGUGAACCCGUCUCUUUCCCAACGACUGUUCUACGUAGAUAGCCAAAAACACAAAACUGAUGCCAAAAGGCUGUCUCACUUUACCACAAAACAAAACAAAAACCUUUUAGAUGGUGUGUGUGUUUCAUAAUGUCUGGUUUAAAUGUUACAUGACAUUCUGGAAAAAGAACAUCACACCAACAGUCAAACAUAGUCAUAGUGAUAGUCUGGUUUGCCUUGCUGCUCCCAAGUCUUAAUGACUUGUUUUUAAUGGAACCAUAAAAUCGGCUCUUUAACACAAAAUACUGAACAGAAUGUCAGCAAUGUUUCAGUUCAUAAACACCCUAAAGUUAUGCAGUAGGAAAAUGAUCCAAAACAUACCAACAAUUCAACCUCUGAUAACCUCAAAAAAUAACAGAUCUGGCUUCUGCUCGCUGUUAAAUUUUAUAGACAAUACCUUUUCACAGUAGAAUCAAUUUUGACAAAGCAAUUUGAUGAGCCUUCUACAUGUAACCUUUUUUUGCUCAGUGUGUUUUUCAGAGCCGGUCCUAUGGGAUUCCCCCACCCAGUUCACUGAAUACACAUUCAUUACAGAUACUCAUCCUCUUAUGGGAAUAUUUCUGGACAAAGGCCCAGAGGAUUUAGAGUUCUGUAACAUUUUCUUUUCCUAUUAAUGUUUUCUACUAUGAAGUAGACACGCUGCACAUAAUCAAUGUGUUUAUAUCUCCUUUUUGAACUAAAAUGUUUACAUUUAUUGGUCAAAUAAAAGUAAGAUUGUAAACAGAUCAACAACCUAAAGAAAAACCUUUAAUUACUCAGAAUCAGGAACCGGAAAGUGAGAGAACCGGAGGAAUCAAACUGUUGCUAAGAAGAUCAUUUUAGUUUCCUUCCAGACACAUAAGCAGCGUAUAUGGGUCAUCCCUUGUCUAAGCUUAUCUUUUCUUAACAAAAGAUUCACAGCUAAUAUGCAGGAUCCGGUUGCCAGACGUGUUUUUCUAUAAUAAUAAAAAGAACAGGUACAACACUCUUGAAUAACUUGUAAUAUACACGUCAUUAUCAACGUCCUCAUCUAACGAAGGCGAACCCCCAUCUCUGACUCCUAUAGGUCACUUUAACACCCCCUCUGAGGGGUGGAGUUACAGCCUUUGGGCUUUUUGGUAUUUGCUGAAACAAGAAAGCACCUGUCGUCUCAUCUGAGAGGGAGGAAAAAAAAUAACGUUGAAUUUAAGCCUGAGUCAUUGCCCUGAAGUCACUCUGAGAAACAGCAUCACGCAUUUCUGCUCCAGGCAGGAAAACACAGACAGCAUGGGAAUGGUGCGCUUGCACAGGAUCAAACUUUUUCUUCUAUUGACCUUUACAGGGGUAUGCACCGCUCAAAAUGACAUCACUCUGUCGGUAUUUACGGUGACAUCAAAGAGCAUGACGGUGCAGUGGAGCGUCCACUCCGGUGCCAGCUCCUACAAGAUCACAGCGACCCCCAAGAACUCUCCCGCGAGGCCGGUCUUCGCCCAGUUCAGCGGCAACACGGUGAUGGGCUCGGUGAACUCGCUGUCACCAAGCACAGUGUACACCAUGCAGCUGGAGGCCAUGGACAAUGCGCUCAAUGUCCUCAGCAGCGCAGAGACGGUGGAGACAACAGCUCCCGAUGUCCCGAGCAUUGACCAGGCCUACUCCAAAAACAGCGACAGCAUCACUGUUGAGUUUGCGGAAGUUUCAGGGGCAACCAGCUACAUCCUGAGGGCAGAAUCAACAACGGGGGAUUUCUUCUUUGAGACCCCAACGGCAAAGUCCCCGGGCACGGUGGUGGGCCUGCAGCCCUACACCGACUACAUUCUGAGCGUCAUGUCUGUCAACUCCGGAGGAAGGAGCCAGCCUUCAUACCCCAUCAAAGCCAGGACAGUUGUCAUUGCCCCCAAGUUGAACACAUCCUCCCCCAGCAAUGACUCCAUCCUUGUGACCUGGCCCCCGGUGGAGCACGCAAUCCGCUACACACUGAUUAUGAUCCAAGAAGGCUCCAGCACCCGCCUCAUACUUAACACCACUGACACCACGGUGACGUUUGACAAACUCGAACCAGGAGUUUCCUACUGUAUCAAGGGCAUGGCUUGGGACGCUGAGGGUCGGACCGGUGAUGACCUCACUGUCUGCCAGAUCACCCGUCCUCCGAGCCCAGAUGUAACCCAAGUCCAGCUGACUCCGGGUCGAUCUCUUGGAAUUGCUGUUUACUGGAUGACAGUGCAGGGGGCUAACAGCUACUUGGUCCUGGCCUCAAAUGGCCAAAACUGUAACACGAGUGACAGUUACUGCUUCAUCUCACCUCAGGAGUGUGGUCAGAACCACUCUAUCACCGUUACAGCCUACAACGAUGCUGGACCCAGUAGCCCCUCACAAUCGGUUGGCUACAUUACAUACCCAUGUCCCCCAGAGAACAUCUGGGUGGAGGAGCCCAUUGCCGGGAACUGCUCGGUGGUGUGGGAGAAGGUGCCCCUGGUGGAGUACUAUGUGGCUUUCAUAAAGAGGGAUGAUGGGACAGAGAAGUCCUGCAACACCACAAAGACCACCUGCCAGUUCUUCUGCAUGUGUGGCUACACGUACCUCACCAGCGUGUUCCCCUACAACCAGGCCGGCACCAGCCUCUUCGCAGAUGUCCGCAACUACACAACCAUACCUUGUUGUCCACAGGAUGUAUCCGUGAAGCUGGUGUCCACAGAGACACUCGAGGUCAUGUGGUCCCCAGUCAAGGGGGCUGAGUUGUACGAGACCACAGCAGCUCAGACCAACAAUGUCCUGCACUGCAACGACACGUCGCCAGUCUGUGCUCUCUCAGACCUGACAUGCAACUCCCUCUACUCUGUGACUGUGACCCCCUGCAGCGAGUUACGAGGGUGCAACUAUACUUGCACACCAUACAAACAGGAGACAGCUCCAUGUGCGCCAGAGAUCCUGAAUAUGACACAGACCACCAACUCCACAUACAAAGUCCUGAUAUCCACCCCAAACUCCCCCAAUACAAACUACACCAUCAGUGCUACUGGACGCUACGACAAAUACACCUGCCAGUCGAGAAAUAACUUCUGUGAGCUCACGCAGCUGUCCUGCGGCACAAUCUACGAAGUCACAGCUGUGGCCUCCACAGCAGUCGGAAAAAGUCUGCCUGGAUACAGCAAAACUCUGGAAACAGGUCCUUGCUGCCCAUCGACUGUAAACGUCACCCAGGUUACCCAGGCUAUGACCAACCUGACCUGGUCGCCCGGAACCGGCGCCGGCUCCUACAUAGCCACCCUAAUGUCCCCACGCGGGGAAGCCAAAUGUCACACUCUAGACACUCACUGCCUGAUGGGCUGCAUCACCUGUGGCACCAACUACAGCGUCCAACUGGACGCCAUCAGCAGCACGGGAUACAGGUCCCAGUGCCAAUAUCGAGGAUUCUCAUCCAGUGCAUGCUGUCCAACAGGCGUCAAGCUGUAUCGCCGCACCAACAACUCGCUCAGGGUGUACUGGCGUUCUUCAAGCCCUCAGGCUUAUAACCAUACAGUAGAGCUUUAUGGGACCGGGGCCAACUACACCUGCUUUGCUGCUGCAGGCAGCAUGUACUGUGACAUCCAGGAGGGAACCUGCGGGGACGUCUACACGGUAGUCGUAGCACCAGUGGGGAAGUCCGGGGUAAAAGUGACCUUCUGCCUGCCCAGGACGUACUCAGUUCUCUGUCCAGGAAGUAAUGCUGGAAUGGUUAUCUCGCGAAGAAGACGAAGUGUAUAGUAGCGGUGGGAGGAUCAUCUACCAUCAUUACAAUGUGGACAAAAAGCUUUGUUUACACUGGUGGGGAUUGAAAAGAUUCAUGAAGAAUAUUACGGCUUGUUUAAAAUCUCAGAAAAACUGUUUAUAAGAUAAAAAUCCAUAUAGAAAUAAUUAAAUACAAGUACAAUAAUACCAAAGCCAUACAACACAAAAUGUCUGGGAGCUUUGGGGGGAAAAUCAACUGUGAAAUUGUUUUUUGAAAAUUCUUUUUUAUUAUUGUUCUGGUGAUUUAGAAGAAAUGGCCACUUAUUUAACCUUCACACAUUGGCGCUGUAAUGUUUCACAAAAAAAUAAAUAAAUAACUGAGACAUGUAAUUAUGUGAAGUAAAAUUUUUUUUUUUUAAAUCCCAAACUGGAAAGAAUAAGACUGCCCCAACUCAUACAGAAGUAUUAAGUGCUUCUUUUUACUAUUAUUCUAACAAUUUGAUUGAAUUCAUCAUGUAUGUAAUGACUAAAACACAAAUAAAAUGAUAAGCUAGGACCCCUCCAAGUAGAAGGCCUCCACACGGUUGCAUAUCACGUUACUCCUGGUUGGUUGGUGGCCCUGAACGCGAAACUGGGACAGAUGACAUCAAUCCCAUCUGCUCGGAGUCAUGCGUGCACAGUCGUGUGGAUGAUACAUCUGAUCAAAUUCCUGGAGACAGAGUCAGUGUUAACUUUGUUUUCACUGAAUGUGUUUGUGCUUGUUUGACAGAUGAAAACAAUAAAGUCAAUUUUUUGCAUCCAAAAA